GCGUCAUUCCUACUACAUGGCUUCCCCAUGACACCUUGCAAGACGUCAGUGCCCACCUCGCCACGAUGAACCAGCACAACUUGCUUGUGCUCACGACGGGGCUAGUCACUAUGAUUAGAUACCUCAUGGCGGAGUUAUCCCAAUCGUUGGACAUGGCACAGGUGGUGCUGAAUACGCAGAAUGGGGAGCCGACGGUGGACAUUGAUGCCGAGGAUGAAGAAGACGAGGUUGACUUGAUGCAGAGCUUCUGGGAAACAGGGGGCAAAGACUCUCCGCAGCGAAGGUGGGCUCGGGCACUACUUAGGCUUCACAAAGAACUAGAAUCUCAGCCGAAAGCUCAGAGACGACAAAGUGCCUUGGUGUUGAGAGCCUCUUUGCCUCGGAUUCACCUACACUCGGCGGCGGAGCAGUACCAGACACAGUUCCAGGCCCUCCUAGUGGCCAUUCUUGACGAUUGCCCGGAUACUCAAGGAAUCGCCCCGGUGCCUGAGACCUGGAUUGCAUCCUGGCUCACGGAGCUUCGGCACUUUAUUCCUGAGCUGCAACGGCAACAGCCACCUCAGCUGAUAGAAACACAAACACAACUCAACGUGUCCAUCGACGAGUUGAUCCAGGACGAGGAAGAAGAACGUGCUCGUAAGGUGGCUUUGGAGAAGCAACAAGAUGACGAAGAGGAACAUCGAGCUGCACAGGAACGAUUGCUGGACCAGGAACUGCAACACUUGGCCUCAGAAGCUCAGGAGUAUCGGGAAUGGGAGCAAAUGGUGGAAGCUCAAGGGCUUAAACGGGCCCCAGGGGGUGUGGACAGGGAAUCGAUGAAGCGCCGCUGUGUGGUUACAAUGGAGGUGGCCAGCAGCAGCAGCUCGAGACCGGAUCGUCGGAUACACACCUUUGACUACGAACUUCCUCUAGAUGGUUCCCCUCUCACGCUCACAAUGAGGGCCAUGAUGGAGGAUAACCCGUCGGAAGUUCCUACGGUGGUAGCCCCGCAUACGGAACCGACUGCCGGCACGAACGGUCCGGCCCGACCGGAUGGGGCGCCCUCGCCUCUGGAACAGCAUGAUCAUCCUGCCGAGUCUAGCGAGGCACCGAUUGGUGAAACAGGCGCUCUGGACAGCAUGAUGGUGGCGAAGCACAGUCAGGCGGACAUCCUCGGCCUUAUGGAGUUUGAAGAGUACACAGCGAUCUAUGACCAGUGGCGGCGGGGAGAACUUACACAACAAGAGCUUCUUGCACAGCACGGCCCAGACGUCAUGGAUUUGAUCCUCGCGCAAGAAGCAGUCCAGGAUGCGCUCGAGGGCGAACACUCCGAGAUUGAGCAUGACCCCUAUGAAGCAGCUACGGUGAAACAGGAGCCGGAGAUGCCACGAGAUGCGAGUCCCUCGAGGCCCAGACCCAGGUACGGCAUCUUCGAACAGAUUUAUGAAGAAUGGAGGGAUGGGCGAAUGGCGGACGGAGACGUGAUCACGCAGCACGGCCACUGCUGGUUAUCUCUCUUCCAACAAUGGAAGCUUUGGGGGUUGGAAGCUAUUUGGUCGUUGUUGGACAAGGUGCUAGACAUGGAGCCGAUGCCUGACCCGACAUCAAAGGCGGCCACAGCGGCACGACCUCCGGAGGAAUUGCCCCUACCGCUCAGAGUCCCGCUCUUUGCAGUGCAGAAAUUGUACCAAAGGUGGUCUCAGGGACAAGUCACCUCGGCGUAUGUGCGACGUGAGUAUGGCGAAAUCUGGAUUCGGCUACUGCAUAGGCUCCAGACAGACAGCCCUGACAAGCUCAGACUUGGGUGGAGCACGCUUGUCGACUGGGAUGCUGUUGAGGAUGAGCCUCACUCUGGUGGCACUGGCUCGGGCCCCGCUGAGGGCUCCUGCUUGGAAGGCCCUUUGGGGGAGGAUGAUGGUCCUCCGGGCAUGCGAAAGGGACCAGAAGGCACUUGGGUGAGAUUCACAAUGGCGCAGUUCGAGGAGGUUUACCGUGGCUGGUCGACAGGGCUCAUCACAACGGAGGCCAUCCGGCGCCGACAUGGGGUGGACUGGCUGGCAUUGCUGGUCAUGUGGAAAACCUGGGGCCGUGAAUCGAUCUGGGACUAUCUUCCCCAAGUUCUAGAUGUGUUGCCAGAUACAGUAGCGGCCACUCGUCCAAUCGGGGCUCAUCGACUUCCGCCAGCAGAGUUACAUCUGCCUUUACGUGUACCGUGGUCUACCGUGAAAGAGGUGCUUCGGGAUUGGCAGGAGGGCAGCAUUGCCGAGGCAGAGCUCAAGGAUCGCUAUGGGGCAGAGUGGCUUCGGGUGCUGCAGAAGAUUCGGAGUGAAGGGGUUGCCGCCAACAUGCCUACACUCGACCUGCUGAUCAACUGGGAUGUGCCCGCGGAGAUGUAUGGCCCGAAGUAG